AUGAAGCUUAUCGCUGCCCUUGCCGUUACGCUCGCAACCCUUGCGGUGGCGACUCCUACGCCAGACGAAAACCCAUUUGACAUUGACCCGCGCGACAACAUUCUCGUCGCUCGCAAGAGCUGCUCCGCCAACCGUUUGAAAUCCGACCGCUGUUCCGGAAAGAAACUGCGAAAGCAGAAUUCUUGGCACAACUGCAAGGACAAGGGCGGCAAGUGCUGCGCCAAGAACGCGAAUGGAUCCGGAGGGCGGAACGUCAAGGAUGGAAUUGGACGAGAGGACUGCGGAUACUGCUUCUCCGGACAGUGCAAGGGUUAA